AGUUCAGUGAUGGAUGUGAAGCUACCACCGCACGAGGGCGCCACGCUGUCAGUGGUUGACAUGCACACGGGCGGGGAGCCCCUCCGCAUCAUCGUGAGCGGAUACCCAGAGGUCAAAGGCCACACGUUGUUGUCCAAGCGGCGGUACGCGAGGGAGCACCUGGACCACCUUCGGCGGACGCUGAUGCUAGAGCCGCGCGGGCAUUACGACAUGUACGGCGCUUUGCUGACGCCUAGUGAACUUCCUGACGCCGAUUUAGGCGUCCUGUUCAUGCACAAUGAAGGCUACAGCACCAUGUGUGGCCACGCCGUUGUAGCACUGGGACGCUUCGCCGUCGAUUACGGCCUGGUGAGGGCGCCGCGUUCGCCAGAGACGCCCGUCAAUAUUCACUGCCCGUGCGGGCUGGUGCGGGCGUUCGUGGAGUACGCCGACGGGAAGACAGGGGCGGUCAGGUUCCUCAGCGUGCCGGCGUUUGUGUUCGCGACAGAUGUGACGGUGGCAGUUGAAGGCUUCGGAGACGUGGUGGUGGACAUAAGCUACGGUGGAGCGUUUUACGCCUUCGUGGAUGUGCAACGAUUCGGUUUGGACGUUAGGAAGUCCAAGACGAGAGAUCUGGUAGAUGCGGCGACCGCUGUCACCAAAGCUGUCAAAUUGCAGGUAAAGCUGCGUCACCCUGUGAGUGACGACCUGGCCUUCCUGUACGGAACCAUCCUCACCGACGGCAAAGAGCAAUUCUCCUCAGACGCUACCGCUAACGUCUGCGUGUUCGCCGAAGCCCAGGUGGACCGCAGCCCGACAGGAUCCGGCGUGACGGCGCGAGUGGCCCUCCAGUACCACAAAGGGCAGAUCCACUUGAACCAGUCCAGGACGUUCGAGAGCGGCGCCACAGGGUCAAAGUUUACCGGGAAAGCUGUGGAGGAGACCACUUGCGGAGAGUUUAAAGCGGUAGUGGUGGAGGUGGCCGGCAGAGCUUUUUACACGGGAGCGUCCUGUUUUGUGCAGGAGACGGAGGACCAGCUGAAAGACGGAUUUCUGCUCAAGUGA